UAUCCGCAAGACACGGAAUUUGUCUUUGUUUCGUUUUUGUGACAAAUUACUGCGAAAAAAUGACGGAAAUUGCGGAAAAAUACGAGCAAGAAGUAGAAAAAAGUGAAAAUCUCGAGUGUAGUGACUUACCAAGUGAUGUUUCUGUUGAUAUCGCGGAUAUUCCUGUAAUAAAUUUCUUCAAGCGACACCGAUCGAUGCAAAUUUUCAUCACGGAAGUCCAUUCGCCGCUCAAGUUUUGGUUCCGCAACGCCGACGACGACACCAAAAUCCAAAUUUUCGAGAAAAAGCUCCACGAUUUCUACCGCAAACUGAUGAUCGAGCGGAAUUUCACGUACAAAAUGUCGGAAAAUGACGCGAUCGAAGGACGUCUUUGUGCGACACUUUUUUCCGCCACAUGGCAUCGUGCAGUGAUAAUUCGUGGUCCAGUCGAUAACAAAGUUGAAGUCAUGUACAUCGAUUACGGGACGAUCGGGACAGUUCCUGUUGACAAAUUACAUUUCCUAACCUCAAAAUUCGCCAAAUUUCCGUAUGUUUUGAUGCGAGGACGUUUAGCGCUCGUGGCGCCCAAAGGAAAUCAUCAUUGGAAACGAAAUCCGCCGAAAAGUGACACGAAUGAGUUUGAAGCUUUUAUUACGGGGAGAAAAUUGACGGCGUUUCUUUAUGCGAAGGAAAAGGACGAAAAUGUGCAUCACCUGAUCUUGUACGAGCCGCCGGUGAAGUUUGCGAAGCAACAUGCGAGUGUUAAUGAGCGAUUUGCACUCAUGACGGAUUGUCAGCUCUUCACGAUGGACACGGAAGAGUGGCCUUGUUUGGAUGAAUUGUAUCCGAAUUUUGAUAUUUUGGAAAAUAAUCAAUUUCCGACACAUGCGAAACUGGCUGAAGCACGAAAUGACGAAAGUUUCUGGCAAAAAGAGGAAAUUCAAAGGUUUUAUAGUGAAACUUAUCAAUGGAACAAAAGGUUGAAUCGGGUCGUUUACUCGAAUCCACUUGAUGAAUGCUUUGCUGAGACAAGGAAAAUACUUGCGGAACGAAAAACUAUCGAUAAGGUUGUUGCAGAAUUAAAAGGACAAACAAUCCAAAAACGAACCAAAAAUAAUUUUUCAAGCAAAUCCAAUAAAAAAUACGACCGAGAAGAAAACAAUAAUAAUCCAUUUUCGACAAAAAAUCUCAAAAAAUCAUCAGUUGGUCACAGAGGAAAACUCAUUCGAAAAUAUGUCUUAAAAAUCGACGAUGAGAAAUCAGAGGCUCCAGAAGACACUGUUUCUCAAUCUCAUAUCAGCACAAAUCCUUUCAAGGCCAAAAUUGAUUUUGGAAGCGACUAAAAAUCAAAAUUAAAAAAUAAUUUUUGUUACUUUUUAUUACUAUUGACUUAAGAUUAAAAAUUGUU